AUGCCAUCCAACGAACCAACCACCGUAGUGGCCUCCCAACCCACGAUACCCGUCGAGGCCUUCAUUAUCGAAACAUUUGCCUACAAGGUUAUUCAAGGGCAACCUAUCCUCUUGGAUUUAUGGGUUCCCAAGAAUCUUCCCUCUGGUGAACGCCCGGUCAUUCUGCGAUUCCACGGCGGGUAUCUUGUCUGUGGCAGUCGCGACAAUCUGCAGCUGACUCCUCCCCGAAUUAUUCAAUAUGCUCUUGAUAACAAAUUGAUUUUGGUGUCGUGUGAUUACCGAUUGCUUCCAGAGAGUAGCGGAAAGGGCAUUCUUGAGGAUAUUGAGGACCUCUGGUCCUGGGUUCAUGGACGCCUGCAACAGGCUCUCGAGGUCAUGACAAAUGGCCGAAAUACUGCGGAUCUACAGAGAGUAUUGCUCGCAGGUGAAAGCGCAGGCGGUUACCUAGCGUUGCAGCUGGCCUUAUCUCAUCCCACUGCCAUUCGGGCUGUCAUCGCGAGCUACCCGAUGAUUGACAUGCAGAACCGUCACUUUAGUGAAGCCUACCCAAAGCAGAUGGGGCAGUAUCCGCAAAUAGAAUACGGAGUUGUGGCUCAGCAUCUUAGUCAACUUCCAGAUGGGAUCCAUCCGACGACAAGGGCAGUCUCGAAUCUGCCCAUUGCCAUUAUCCAGCACGGUUUGUAUCAAAGGUUUUUGGGGGACCAUCGAAGCCUCUACCCCAUCGCAAGGCUGGAGGAUGACCCUGAGUUGGCGCACAAGCUUCCCUUCAUUUGGCUGCAUCACGGUACCAAUGAUAGUGAGGUUCCCAUUGAUGGUAGCAGGAGAUUCGUGGAAAAGCUACGAGGGCUGAACCCCAAGGCUCAGCUUAGAUAUAAGGAACUAGAGGGUAUGGAGCAUGGUGUCUCGAGCGAGAUAUAUCUGAUUCAAUCCGGAGAGUGGGACGAGGGGGCAAAGUGUGUUAACGGAUUACUUUUUGAUUGA